AUGACAAUCAAAAAUUUGAUGCGGCCAUCUGUCAAAAAAGUGUAAAUCAUAGUUGCAAUUUGAAUUAUUUUCAAUAAAUAUCUGAUAUAUUUAGUAUAAAAUGGCCCGUGAAAGCAGUGCAGGAUUCGACAGACACAUUACUAUCUUUUCCCCUGAAGGACGACUUUAUCAAGUCGAAUAUGCCCUGAAAGCCAUCAACCAAGGAGGGCUGACGUCAGUGGCGCUGCGCGGCACAGAUGCCGCCGUCAUCGCCGCCCAGCGCAAGGUGCCGGACAGACUGCUGGACCCGUCCUCCGUCACCCACCUAUUCCGCCUCACUGACCACAUCGGCUGUGUUAUGACUGGCAUGAUUGCUGACAGCCGCUCUCAAGUGCAGCGCGCUCGCUACGAAGCCGCCAACUACCAGUACAAGUACGGAGUGGAGGUGCCGGUGCACGCGCUGUGCCGCCGCGUGGCUGAUAUCUCUCAAGUUUACACUCAGAAUGCUGAGAUGAGGCCGCUGGGCUGCUGCAUGAUGCUGAUAGCAUACGACGCGGAGACGGGCCCGUGCGUGUACAAGACCGACCCGUCUGGUUACUACUGCUCCUACAAGGCUGUGGCUGCUGGGGCUAAGGCGACGGACGCGAACGCGUACCUCGAGAAGAAGCUGAAGAAGCGCUCGUCCCUAUCGGCGGACGAGGCGGUGCAGCUCGCCGUGUCGUGCCUGUCGCAGGUGCUGUCCGUGGACUUCAAGGCCAACGAGAUCGAAGUGGGCAUCGUCACCAAGGACCACCCUAAGUUCAAGAUGCUAUCUGAGCCGGAGAUCGACCGCCACCUGACCGCCAUCGCCGAGAAGGAUUAGGGUACUGUUACAUUAUCAAAAACACAUUUAUGUCUGUAACGUCAUUUUUUAAUAAAUAAAAGUGGGAACUUUUA